UACAAAAAUUUAAUUAAUUUUCAGUUAAUAAAAUACAAAAUUCUUAAAAGCUGGUCAAUCAUUUAAAAGAAAAUAUGAAAUAAAAAUUUAAUUUUUCUUAAAUUAAUAAAAUACGAGAUUUUUAAAAACUGAUCAGGUGAAUUUUUUAUUCUAUUUAAUGUAGUGGGCUUGUCUAACUACAAGAUUUGUUUUCCUUUCAUUUUCCUCCAUAGAUGCCCAUGUUCUUCCUUUUGCUCAAACCUUCCAAUUAGCCCUUAUUCUCCCCUCUAUCCUUACUCAAGCCCAAAAAACCUAUUUUUUUUCCCUCUUUUUCCAUAAUCAAAUCCUAUUGUUUUCUAUUAAAAUUGCUCAAAAUCAAUCAAACCCAUUAAUUUUUUAGGGUUUAAUUUUUCUGGGUUUUGAUAAAAAAUGAGAAAUAUAGCAACUUGUUACAGUGAACAUGCUGUAAAAGUUUCAGAUUCUUAUUGUUCAGGACCAUUAAACAAGUCUUAUAUAUCUCCAAAAUCAUCAUUUUCAAUCCAAAAUGUUGUCUCAUGUACAUACAAAACCCAGAUUUCUAACCAAAAAUGUCUUUACAUCACAAUUUCAUGGUGUAAUAAGCUAAUUUGUCAGGGCUUUUUCAUCAAAAUCAGUGAAAAAAAUUCAGGGCAAAAUCCAAAUGAUUUUCAUGAAUUUCCCAAAAUGAAAGGAACCAAAUACUUUGAAGAAUUUAGGGUUCAUUGGGAUGUUUCUUCAGCAAUUUUUGAAGCCGGCCCGAAACCCAUCAAAGGAUUUUACAUACUAAUCAUGGUAGAUUCAAAAUUUUCUGUUGUAAUAGGAGAUAUGGAAGAUGAUCCAAUAGUAAAAAACAUGAUCAAAGGUUUAAUUUCUCCUAAACUUAGAUUAAUCUCUCAAUGUGAGAAUUUUAAUGGGGAUUUGUCGAAUCAAAUAUCAACCAAAGCAAGAUUUAGUGAUGCAGGUGAAGAACAUGAAAUCAUGAUCAAAUCCGGGCCGGAAGAAGACGGGCCAAGAAGCCCGAUUGUAUCAAUAUUGAUUGAUAAAAAAAGGGUAAUUAAGAUUAAGAGAUUACAAUGGAACUUUAGAGGAAAUCAGGUGAUAUUUGUGGAUGGGUUGUUGGUAGAUGUAAUGUGGGAUUUUGAUCAAACAGUUGGUAGGUUUAAUAAUGGUGGAAAUGGGAUUUUCAUGUUUAGAACAAGAAGUGGGUUGGAUAGUAGACUUUGGUUAGAAGAAGAAGAAAGAAAUUUAGUUGAUAAAAAUUAUGAAAAAUCUUAUUUUUCUUUGAUUAUCUGUGCAUCUAAUAAGAAUCCUAGUUGAAUGUUGAUCAUACUCUGUUUCUUUUUUUUUUUUUUUUAGUAUUUUUUUUUUAGUUUUUAAGAUGAUUUUUUCUUUGUAAAUUAUAUACCAAUUACCAUAAUAUAAUGAAUGAAGUAAUUAUUUGUGAA